UAGCACAAAACAUUAUAUUCGCUAUCUGCAUCAAAGUGCGGCCUUGCCUUGUCUCGAAUACGAUUUGUUAAGAGGUUAUGAUAACGUUUUGUACAAGAUAAAUAAGAAUUACGUAAACAAUGCAUUGUUUUACGUUUGUUACCGUAUCGGUACUAGUAUUCACCUUUACCUUGUCGACGAGUGACGCGUUGACCACAAAUAUGACUAAAAAUCUCAAGGUUCUCGUCUCUUCCAAUGAUUUCGCCGAAAGCGGAAUUAAAAUACUCGAAGAACACUUCACAGUGGUCAAGUCACGUUACUUCGGUUUCAAUGAGGAGGGUUUGAACGAGAACAUGCAGGAGCUCAUGAACCUGAUCCCUGGAUGUUCAGCACUCAUCUGGGUAUCACACCAUCCUAUUACCAAAGAACUGUUGGAUAAAGCUGGACCUCAACUCAAGAUCGUGGCCACAGCAUCUGCAGGCUACAACAACUGCAACGUACCGGAGCUGAAAGCACGCGGCAUCAAGCUGUCGAACACACCAAAUGUUCUGAGUGCUGCUGUGGCUGAGAUCGCUGUUUCCCUUAUGAUUGGAGCCGCUAGACGAUUCACUGAGAAUAUAGAUCAGGUUAAACGAGGCGAAUGGGAAGGUAUUGGCUUCCAAAACAUGCUUGGUCAGGACCUCCGUGACAGCACAGUUGGUAUUGUUGGCUUCGGUGGUAUUGGCCAAGCCACGGCCAAGAGGCUGGUGGGAUUCGAAGUCGCCAAGUUCUUGUACAGCGGACAUAGAGAAAGACCCGAAGCUAAAAACUACGGCGCAGAAUUAGUCCCACUAGACACAUUGUUAUCUCAGAGUGAUUUCAUCCUACUAUCAGCUCCUCUAACCGACGAAACACGCCACAUGAUCAACAAGACUUCUCUUGCUAAGAUGAAGAAAAAUGCCAUUAUUGUGAACGUCGGUCGAGGAGAUCUGAUCAACCAAGACGAUUUAUACGACGCUCUGAAGAACAAACAGAUUUACGCAGCUGGCUUAGACGUUACUACUCCAGAGCCUCUGCCUAAAGACAACAAAUUAUUGACUUUGCCCAACUGCUUUAUCCUGCCCCACAUUGGCAGUGCCACAGUACGCACAAGGAAUGACAUGGCUGAGUUGGCUGCUAAGAAUGUAGUCAAUGCAUUGUAUGGACGAGCUUUGAUAUCUCCAGUUUUGCCCUAACAAACAAUGUUCUAUAUCUAUCAAAAUGAUUUGUAUUUCAAUAGAAAUUGUCAGUAGUAUUGUAUAUUAUAGAAUUGUGCAAAAAUAAAUAUUAUUUUAAUUAAAAAUA